AGAAACGACGACAAACAAAGUAAAUGGAUUAUUAAAUGAUUAACCAAUGUGAAUUAGUUUAAUUUUGUUAUUUUGCUUUUUAUUUUAAUUACAAUGUCUUUAGUUUUUCGUCGGUCGUAUAUAAAGUUCAGAAAUAGUGUACAGAUUUGCGGUAACACUAAUUGUUCAAACAAUAAUGUUUUAACCAUCGGUAAUCGCAGUUUUAGCGACGACAAGUUGAAUAACCACGAUUUUACUCAUACCACUAUCCUAAUAGAGAAUGGUUACAAUGUUCAAGAACUACCAAUAGUUAUAAGAAAACUUAAGGAUAUCGGUGAUUUCGAAAAUGGUCGUAAAUUGGAACCAUCACACACUAAUUCCGACUCUCUUAACUACCAUUUAAUUCAAGCCGAAUUUAAGCAAUGUGCUGAUUUACGCGAUGUAUUUUCCUUAAUAACCAAGUGUAGCAAAAUUACUCCAAACAUUGCAUUAGCUGCAAUAGAACGAAUUUAUGAUCUGGAAAUGACUACAAUGCCUGUGGUUGUGGACUUAAAACCUGACUAUAUCAGUGAUGCAAAGGGUGCAAUUCUGGAAAAAUUAUUAAGAGUCGUCAUUAAAACUGAAGAUACAAAUACUAUACUUAACAUUUUGAAAACAGAUUCCUUACUAUUACAACCCUAUAAACACAAAUUUUGUGAUGAAGUACUUAACAGAGUUAUUGACAACAAACUAACUCUGGAUCAAAUUUGCAAUUUUACAAGAUAUUUAAUAAAAAACAAUGUAGAUCCCAAAUAUUCAGAAACAAUUGAUAAAAUGUGGGUUGGAUUUAUAGAAAAGGAGGAUCAAAUUGAUGAAACAAAUAUUGAAUUUUUAUUUAAAAUUUUGCCUGGGUUGAAAUCAAGUAAGAGAACUAUAAUUGUAUUGCUAGAACAGAAAUUGUCUGACUUUUGGUAUAAAAUAAAGGUAUCAUCUAUGCAAGAUAUUUUGGAUAUUUUUCUCCAAGUGAAAUAUUUCUCGCUGCAGUCCUUUGCAAUAGUUGGAAGUUGGUUUAGCAGAAACAUUCAUGUUUUGGAUGAAGACACUUUACUAGACAUAAUUACAAAGCUUACCCGAUUAAACUAUACCGAUGAUCAAGUUGAAAAAGCUGUAGAGAGGUACAUGAGACAUAAAGAGAGCAAAAUUAAGUCCCAUGUAUUAAUCGUUGCCAUUUUAAAUUAUUGCAUGCAAUUUAAAAUUCGUAAUGAAAAUAUAUUAAAUGUAUGUGGAAAUUACUUAAUAAAUAAUAUAAAUAUAAUACCAGCAAGUUUUCUAAAGUGCUGUAUAUAUCCAUGUGGAUAUUUGAACUUUAGACCUGACUGUAAAGAAUUUUGGACUCUUAUUGAAAAGAACUUGAUUAUGAAAUUUGACAAAAUGAAUGCUGAUGAUUUAUCAAAUAUUGCUCUUUCAUUCAUUUAUAUUGGUGAAUAUCCAUUUCAAUUAGUUAAUAGAAUGUUUAGUUCUGAAUAUUUAACAAAAAUAAGUAACCAAGAUAUAAUGAAUAGGCUUCAAUUAAUUGAUACUGCUUUGUCUUUGGAAACUAAAGAGUACCCAGGACCCUUACUACCUAAAGAUCAUUGGCUUAAACCUAUCGAACAAGAUAAAAGGGUUCAGAGCAUUUUAGAAAAAAUAAAUGAAACCUUUUUAUCUAUACUUGGAGAAUCAAUGAAAAUAUCUAAUGGUGUUUUGCUACCAAAUUUUUGCUCGGAUCAAACAUAUUUAAUAGAUGUUAUGAUACAUCCAAUUGAUUUUGGAAAUCAUUUUACCGAUUGGAAAUCGAAAUGUAUAAAGAACAAACUUACAGCAGUUUUAGUAUUUCUGCCAGAUCAUUAUUGUUCCGAUGACAAAACUCUUAUUGGACCUCAAAUGAUGAGAGUCAAACAUUUACAUAUAUUAGGAAUGAAAGUUGUAGGUUUGAAGUAUUCUCAGCUUAGUCAAUUAUACACAUUACAUGAUAAGCCAGGUUUGAAAAAGUAUAUUAAGCAGAGCAUUGAAAAUGCCAUACCCUGUUAAUUCAACAAUAAAGAUACUUAAAAAUGAUAUACAUAUGACAAUAAGGUUAUUUACUUUAGUUGAUAAG